CGCAGAGCUAGCGGCGGAACGUUAAAGGGCGGUGCGCGAGCACCUCCAGCCUCGUUCUGAAGCUGGAGGGGGGGAGGGGUCUCUUCUCUCCCCCCGGCCCCGCUUUUCCCUUCAGAGCUACGUUGAGUGUGUAUCUGUGAGGGAGGGAAGGAAGGAAGAGGCGGAGGAGGAGGAGGCGGCGCUGCAGGCGGGGGCGGCCGAGGCUCGGCUUCCCUCACACGGACUUCCCGCUCGGAAUGUGAGGCGCGGCGCGGCCCCCGUUGGCGCUGACGGUCCCUUGUCAAGCGCCGUCCCCCCACCAGCCGCGGCCUCGGGCUUCCCAGUGCGGGGCCGGGCGACGGACUGGCUGGCGGUGUGAAUCUCCACGCUCCCGGCCCCUGAGGGAAGAAGGGGCGGCUCCUCGGGCGGCGGCGGCGGCAGCAGCUCUUGCUCUGUUCCUCCUUCAGCCACUUCCCCGCGUCCCUCCCGAGCGUGAGACGCUCCUCGCCCGCCAUGAAGAAGUUUUCUCGGAUGCCCAAGUCCGACGGUACCGGAGGGAGUAAUAGCAGCGGCGGCGGAGGACCGCUGGCGGCGGGUUCGAGCUCUGUGGCUGGAGGCGGCCCGGCCGUGGGCAGCAGCAGGGUCUUCUGUGUAGGACGUUUCCAGGUCACCGUGGAGGAGCUGCUGGCGGAAGGUGGCUUUUCUACAGUGCUCCUUGUGCGCACACAUGGUGGCAUCCGGUGUGCAUUGAAACGAAUGUAUGUUAAUAAUGUGCCUGACCUCAAUAUCUGCAAAAGAGAAAUAACAAUAAUGAAAGAACUAUCUGGACACAAGAACAUUGUAGGGUAUUUGGAUUGUGCUGUCAAUUCUGUUAGUGAUAAUGUGUGGGAGGUGCUGAUCUUAAUGGAAUACUGUCGUGCUGGGCAGGUAGUGAAUCAGAUGAACCAGAGAUUGCAGUCAGGCUUUACUGAGCCAGAAGUGCUAAGGAUAUUUUGUGAUGCCUGUGAAGCUGUUGCUAGGCUGCAUCAAUGCAAAACUCCCAUUGUUCAUAGAGAUUUGAAGGUUGAGAACCUUUUGUUGAAUGACAGUGGGAACUAUGUCCUGUGUGACUUUGGCAGUGCCACUAAUAAAUUCCUUAAUCCUCAGAAAGAUGGAGUUAACGUAGUUGAAGAAGAAAUUAAAAAGUAUACUACAUUAUCAUAUAGAGCUCCUGAAAUGAUCAACCUUUAUGGAGGAAAACAAAUUACUACCAAGGCAGAUAUCUGGGCCCUUGGCUGCUUGCUAUAUAAGCUUUGUUUCUUCACACUUCCCUUUGGUGAGAGUCAGGUUGCCAUUUGUGAUGGAAACUUUACGAUCCCAGACAAUUCACGCUACUCCCAUGGUACACAUGGUUUAAUAAGGUAUAUGCUCGAACCAGAUCAAGAACGGAGACCUGAUAUCUUUCAAGUAUCUUAUUUUGCCUUUAAACUUGCCAAAAAGGACUGUCCAAUAUCAAACAUUAAUAAUUCUCCUCUCCCUUCAACUCUUCCUGAACCAUUGACAGCUAGUGAGGCUGCUGCUAAGAAAAGCCAAAUAAAAGCUAGAAUAACAGAUGCCAUUGGACCAACAGAAACCUCAAUAGCACCACGACAAAGACCAAAGGCUAAUACAGGCACUGCCAGUUCUAGUGUACUAGCGAUCCAGAGCUCAGCGACACCAGUGAAGGUGCCAGUCCCUGGUGAUUUUAACAGUGGGCAAAAAGGAGCCUUAAAGCCUGGAAAUAGUCAAGAUAAUGUGUUGUCCCAGGGAACUAAUCAGACCCCACAGCAAAAUAGAGUACUGCAACAACUACAGCAAGGUGACUGGAGACUACAGCAGUUGCAGCAAUUACAUCACCAGCAACAUCAGCAGCAACAAUUGCUUCAGGAUGCAUACAUGCAGCAGUAUCAACAAGCAGUGCAGCAGCACAUGAUUCAGCAGCAGCUUUUGAUGCGUUCGGUGUACCAGCAGCUACCUCCCCCAUCUCCUUAUCCUGCCAUGAUGCAGCAGUACCAACAAGCUCUUCUACAGCAACAGGCCCUUGCAAAGCAGAUGCCCCCACCGAAACAUUCUCCUGAAUUCCCUUCCUCUCCUCAGGAGUUCUCACCAGCCUUAAUCUCUCAUUCUAAAUCCUUUCCAUCUCAUGUUGGUGCAGCUCUGGACACCUCUUAUACUACAAAUAGGUCAUCUUCCUCGGACGCAGAGUCUGUUCCCAGCUAUCCAAAACAGAACAUCAGUAACCCUCCUGAUAUGUCUGGUUGGAACCCAUUUGGAGAAGACAAUUUCUCCAAGCUAACAGAGGAGGAGCUGUUGGACAGGGAGUUUGACCUUCUGAGAUCAAACAAGCUCGUGGAGAGGAGAACAUCCUCAGAUAAGAAUGUGGAGCUACAUUCUGCUCCACAGAACCAUCCUCCAGAAGAUCCCUUUGGUUCUGUACCUUUCAUUUCUCACCCAGGUUCCCCAGGAAAUGAAAUUAACAACUCGGUCAGCAAUCUAGAAAACAAGAUAGGGAGCCCAACCAAAAUUGAGAUGUCAAGCUUGGUUUCUGAGGACCAUGAAGCCAGAAAAAUGGUGACAGAAGGACAUACGAAAAAAGGAAGUGAUGAAUCAGAAAGUGACUUCGAAUCAGACCCUCCUUCUCCUAAGAGUAGUGAAGAAGACGAUGAGCAAGAGGAUGAGGAAGUUUUGCAGGGUGAGCAUGGAGACUUCAUAGAUGACAAUGAUACUGAAUCUGAGAACUUUGGCCAGCACCCUCUUCUGAUGGAUUCUGAAGAAGAUGCAGAAGAUGAUGAUAAGCAAAGUUCAGAGUCUGAUUCUGGUCAUAUUAGGCCUGCAGAGGAGGCACCUGGCAGUAGAUACAGAGAAGGGCCUGGCAAUUUUGAAGGCAGGGAGCUCAUUGUACCGUGUUCUGUGUUGUCUGAGUUGCCAAGUACAGUAACCAAGGUGAGCUCCAAACAAGAAUUUGAUGUCUUUGGAGCAGUUCCAUUCUUUGCUCUUCAGCCUCAAGAGCCUAAACAAAAAGAAAGCCAAGACUUCUCUUCCCAGGCUGGUUUUCCAGGUUUGGAGCAAGAUCAGGAUGACUUUGAUGUCUUCACCAAAGCCCCAUUCAGCAGAAAAAUAUCUCAGCAGGACGACUUGAUUUCAGGUUCUGAAAACCAACCUUUCCCCUUAUCUCCCAAAAGUGUGGAUGUUUUUGGUUGCAUCCCAUUCCAGCCUACUACUGUCUCAGAAAACAAUGAGAGCAAAGAGGACCUCUUUGGCCUUAUCCCAUUUGAGGAGAUCGCUGGGAGCCAGCAGCAGCAAAAAGUAAAGCAGCAACAACGGAGUCUGCAGAAACUCUCUUCCCGCCAGAGACGCAUGAAACAGGAAGUAUCUAAGAGCAAUGGGAAGCGCCAUCACGGCACUCCAACUAGCGUCAAGAAGACAUUGAAGCCCAGUUACCGUACGCCAGAGAGAGUCCGUAGGCACAAAAAAGCUGGACGUCGGGACUCUCAGAGCAGCAAUGAAUUUCUGACUAUCUCCGAUUCCAAGGAAAAUAUAAGUAUUACCCUGUCAGAUAGCAAGGAUAGAGUCAACCCUCUGCAAGCAGAUGAUGGUCUUCUGGAUCCCUUUGGAGCCAAGCCUUUCCACCCCACAGAAUUGGUGCGUCUUCCACAGCACCAAGGAUUGGCUGAUAAUCGUGGGGACCAUAACACAGUAUUGCCUGGUAGACCUAGGCAGAGUUCGCUACUUGGCAGCAUUCAUUCUGGCGAUGGGGUAAAAUUAACAGAUGAUUUUGGGGCAGUUCCUUUCACAGAAAUUGUUGUUGUGCCAAGUGUGACAUCUCAACAAAGCCAACAGCAACAAGCAGUAGAGUUGGAUCCAUUUGGAGCUGCUCCGUUUCCUUCCAAACAGUAGAUUCUUCCAGGAGCACCCCUACAUUAUUUAACUUGGAUUCUACCACCACAAUCCAACUGGUUGAACUGAGAAGAAACUGAUUAAUUUUUUAAAUACAACAUAUUCCUUCUCAACUCUGACUAGAUCCUAAGAUUUUAAAAUAUGCCAAGUUAAACAUACAAUAUUGAGAUGGUGAGAUGAACACAUUUCAAUUAGCAGAUUUCUACAAGAGAAAUCAGAGGCUAGUAUUGUUGUGGGUACUAACUGUGACUACAUUGCACAAAGCCACUGUGCCCUUUUUAGAGUGCAGUUACACUUCAACAAAGAGAUGGAUAAGUCUGACAUGCUGGCCAGAUGGGACAGGAUCUAUCAACCCCAAAUUGAGAAAAUGCCUAAAUAAGCCAGGUUGAUCUAGAGUUACUUCACUUGUUCUGAAAUUUUACAUGUUCUGAACAUCAGAGUUUUCUGGCUUGGCAAUGAUUCCUAAACAUAUACAAAGAAACACAAUCCUUUCUAUAUGUGUAUGCCAGAACUCUGCUUUUUCCCAGUAAGUGCCAUUAAUGUAAAACAGGGAUAGUUAUAACUUUUGAGAUCUCAAGAACGUAGUGGAAUACAACAUUAGAACAAGUUGGAAAUGGAACGAGGAGUUAACUGUAUACAACUGGAUUAUGCAGCAUUUUGAAGACUACACAGUUCAUUUCGGAAGAGACCCUGGUUUAUUUGCAUACAGUGCUUGAUAAGACAGGGAAAAUAAAAGCCGGGAAAUUUGUAGCAAGUUCAAACUUGUAAAGAUAUUAAGUUGGAAUUUCACCCAAUAUCUGGUUCAUUUUACUGGGGGUGUGGUGUGGGGUGGCUGUGUUCCAGACAAACUGUGCAUACCCUAAAAACGUUCUUAAUCCCUUUCUAAAAUUGCUCUCCCUUAAUAUUUUUAUUCUGUCUCGUAAAUUGUACUUCUCUAAGAGUUCAUGCAAAAUACACUGAGCUCUAAAGAAACCUAUAACUUGAAUUCAGGCCGUUUUCAGCAAAGGAGGUAUAAAACUGGAGGGUUUACAGAAAUGGAUAGUGAUUUGAGUCUAUCAAUAAACUGCAUAAUAAACCACCAAUGCCUUACAGCCAGGAUUACCACGUCCUGCUAUAAACUUACCUCUGAGCCAAUUGGUGCCCUUGAGACACUGCUUAAACAUUUCUAGAACUUAGAGGGGGAGUACAUGACGCAUCUUUGAACUUCCCACUUGGGUGAAGCUGUUCAUAACGUCUAUGGCUCCACUGUGGCCAUUCCAAAUGGCAGCCAGAAAUGCGGUGAGGACUUUAGUUGCAUACCUCCCACAUUUUCAGUUCAUUUGGCUAAAACCUGGGCCAGCUCGACUCUUUCUGAAAUGGGUGGGUGCGAAAACCCCACAGUGAUCUAUUGUAUCUAAAUUGUACAGUAGUGUAUGGCCAGGAUCCAGAGAUCACUGCAGUGUGUGUGUGUGUGUGAGAGAGAGAGAGAUAUUAAUCCUUGAACUGCAACUUAGUUUAUGGCAUGUAGUCAAAUAAUCAUAUAUAAUGUCAAAAAAUCCAUUGAGUGCAUGUAAGCCUGACCUCUCUGGAUCCUGGGCCUUGCAUCUGUGUGAAUCUGAACUGAAGCACUUCUGUGCAUCUAAAUGCAAGGUACAUGCAUUGAGGCUCUGGGUAUAUCUGGGUAUUGCUUGAAUAUGAACUUGUGCAAACAUGAAAUAUAAUCUUUAACUGGGGGAAGUUAAGUACCUGGUGAAUGAAUUUCCUUAAAAGGUGCCCAAUGGUGGUUUCUGCCCUCUAACACUGUAUGAAAGCAAAAUAUCAAAAGAGAAAAACUCUUUGGUAGUUUGUAGCAUGAUGUUUGUAACAAGGAUGAAUUCUGAAAGAGGCGAAGGAUCACGAUCCCUUAAAAACAUACCUUAAAAAGUGCUUUUGAGAAAAAUGUUGCAUUUAUGUAAUGGGAUGGGCAUUUUUUUUUUUGGCAAUGUUUUAAAGAUAUGAUUUGAAGUUCUUUCUAGAUGUAUGUCUCUAGCCUUUCUCCCUUUCUGCCAUAUGAAGCACAACUCCCACAUCAGUUAGGUGUAUAUCUGAUGAUACUAAAUAUUUCUAUAAAGCACAUAUGGCUAAAAAUUAGUAGCUGUGCAUGUACCUCAGAAUGCCUGCUCCUUUAUUCUUGUGCCAAAGCCUCUUAGAAUGCAAUCCAGAGUUGGUUGUUAAAAGUUUGUGAUUUUAAAGGUGCGACCAGAUAGCUCUCUGUUCAAGGGCUGCUUCAACCAUGAUGAGAUGUCCUACCCUGAAAGUGAUAGCCUGUGGCUUCCCAGCAGAUGAGCACACAAUCUAAUAGAUGUAGAGAUCCCACAGAGUACAUGUAUUUAUCCCUGUGACUAUUUCUUAUACGGAAGGACUUCCCAUGUAGGAAACAUGUCAUGAUGGAUGUGGCCAUAGCAGGUUGGGAUUCCAGAGUGAACACAAACGCUUAUUGCAACUGUCCAGUCCCAAUGCAGUAGUGUCUCUGUGUGUUUCUAAAGAGGUAGGUGCUUUCCGGAAGCAUAACAUUCACACACACACACCGCCCCAAAGUAAUCACAUUGAAGUCCCAUUGAAAUUAAUGGGACUUAAACCGGAGCUAACUUGUCCUACUGAUUUCAAGUAAAUUUCUCUGGCUGGGGAUAUAUAAUGUAAGCUGGCAUCUUAUAUAUGUAGUCUGUCUGAAAAUCAAUCCUCUCCACCACAGCUUGCUAGAAACUUUUUUCUGAAAGUGCUUAGAACGAUCCCAAUUUGUGCUAUGAAAAAUGAACAAGUUAUGUUUAGAAUAAUCGCGUCAUUGCAUUAUUUGUAUGAAAUUAACCUACAUGAUUGCAUUGGCUGGAAGGGUUUUCCUUAUAUCUGUAUUUUGUAGUCUGUUGUUGACAAUUCCAUUCUGUACAUCUUGUAUGGACACAUGAAAUGCCUUUGACGAAGAGGGAUGCAAAACUGAUUCUGCAAUAAUUCAGUGGUGGGGGAGGGGGGGCAGACGUAGCAUAUUUGCAUGAUUCUCAUAAACUUAUGGAUUUUCCAAGUGCUUCUCUCAAAAACUGGUUAGGUUGAAAAAUGUUCAAGGUUUUCUGAGUCAUCACCACUGGUGUUUUGACACACUUUUCAGCAGAGAUUCUCCUGGAGGAUAUCAGCAUCAAUCUGUGCGGUUAGAUUGGUAGGAUGGACGAAGAUGUAUGGAGCUCUGCAGGAUUGGGGCGUAGCCAUACAUUCUGUAGCAUAACUUUAAGGCCAAAGUUAAUAGAAGUGGCCACUCACAUUCUUUGCUUUGAAAUAGGGUCUUUAAUACCCUCCGUGCUUCAUAUAUUCUUAUUGACUGGACACACCUUUUUUUUUUUUUUUUUUUUGCAUAAGCCUUUAUUUUCAUAGGUUACUGUAAAUAAAAAUAGUAUGUUGUUUUUGUCCUUUGUGAUUGCUGGGACAUACAGGCAGACCCCACGAAGUUGGAUUUCUGCCUAUUUUGCUUUUGCCAAGUGCUGCAGAAUCAAUAAUUUGAAUUUCUGUUCAGUUCUGGACUUCAUAGAAAAAGGUAAUCACUACCUUUGUGGGGAGAUAUCUUUACUUGCAUUGUGUGUGAAUGUAUGCAUAUAUCUGGACUCAAAUCGAUCAUGGUCUUUCCUGAAAUACUGAGAAGGUUGGGAGUUGAUUCAUACCAAUUACUGUCCAAGGAAGGCUUUUUUUUAGUCCCCUCCAACAUUUUCUCUCCUAAGAGUUUGAUCUUUCCCAUAAUAGCAGACAGCUCUGUGCACCUUCCCAAACCAGCUGUAUAGCUAGUUAAUCUUGGGGACACAAUCACUUGUUACAUUAUAGUCACCCUGAGGUGCUUUUAUUGUAUUGAUUAGCUCUGCACAUAUUUAAUUUCAAAUGUGAUCCCAAAGGCUGAAAAGCGACAUGCUCUUCUUUUCCUUUACAUGGUAGAUACCAGCUGUUUUUUUUCUCCUCAUGGUGACUGUACCCUGUCAUCCAAAUCUGUGUGAUUGUUAUCUGACGGUACUGUUGUUAAGCUCGAUGAAACAGGUUGAAUUUACCACCUAGUAUCCAGUAUCAAUUUGAGGAUAUUUCCUUUCUUUUUACCCUGUAUAAAUGAAGAGUCUAUAUCUUUGUGCUUGAUUCUGCCCCUGUUGAAAUCAAUGCUCACCAUCGAUUAAUUUAGAGGAUCAGGAUCAACGCCUAAGUUGUGGGUGUGAGCUGCCCAGAACUCUUCUCCCAAGAAUAAGAAAAACCUACUGUGAGAAUAAAUGGAUAUAGCUACUACUGUGAGAAUAGCAUCUAGAGUUUAUCUGAAGAUUUUUAUAUGAUAGGGUGUAUUUUUAUAGAGAGCGACAUAUAUAAAACAUACACACGCACACAUCACAUAUCUCUUGGAGUUUGUGAUCUAAAACAUAACAUUGCAUUCACAAUCAUUUUCAUGGCAUUCAAAAAAGCAUAGCCAAAAGCUGCUAAAAGAGUAACAGGGAAAUGCAAAAUGGUGGCUGCCCGGUUAUUUUUCUAGAGCGCGUCUUUGAAAAGAAGAAAUAUAGUAAUAGUGUCUAUUGCCAAGUUUGGUUUCUGUGACUAGGACAUCAAGAGUCAAACAGCAUAAUACUAUAUUUUAAUUGCUGGCAAACAGCUUUAAGUGCACUUUUUCGAAUUACACUUCCAUUUCUUGUUAGACUUGAAAUUUCUAAAGCUUUUUGUGUGUGUGUGCGUGUGUGUACCACUAAUACAGAACUUUCACUUUUGUGUGAAAUUGAUGUACCUGAGAAAACAACUUCCAGUUGUUACUAAAUAAAUAAACCAGAUACCAUGAUUCUGUA